AUGCCAGGGGAUACCUCCUGCACAAGCAAACGUCGCUGUAUGAUGACAUGCGCAUCGUCAGUGUUCGUUUAUCGAGGAAUCGCUCGGCCCGGCCCAAGUACCCCGAGUGGCAAAGAAUGGCAACUCUCUCUUCUCGACAACCACUUCCCUCUCACCGCCGUCUACCACGAAACCAUUUUCUAUCCAUCUUCCUGUGAUAUUCGCUGGUCACACCUGCGCCAUACACUUCCUGCGCCAUACACUUCAACGCCGGUACUUCCCUCAAACACCCGAACUGCGCAGCAACCUUGCGCUUUUGCGUAUAGCGCUUCUACCGUCUUUCCAUGUAGUCCCAAAGUCCGUUUCUCUGGCGUAGGACCGCACCCUCCUUCGUCCGACCGCUGCGGGGUGCAUCUUCCACCCGUCCUCGUGGCUCAUAUGUCCCGCCACCCCCUCUUCUUCGCUAAAAUCCUCAUCCCCGCUUUGGUCCGACUCGGUUUCCUCACCGCUCUCCAUCACAAACUCGCAUUCCUCGUCCUCCACAACCUCAUCUUCCUCUUCAUCCUCUUCAUCCUCCUCCUCUUCAUAGCACACUCUCUUCCUCUCGCGCCUGCCACGACCGCACGUGAAAACAUCGACUUGCACGCCACCAACAAGCCCCGCUCGCUUCUGCAUGCGCUCUUGCUUUUUCACCCGUUCCUCCUGGAUCUUCUCCAGACGCGUGCAUCUCGCUAUAGAGCGAUCGGCACGCUCUCUGAGCCACGCAGCCGCGAGCAGAUCAUGUCGCCGUCUUUGCCCACUCUCCAGCUUGCUGACGACUUGUGCGGCAUCUUCCGUUCUCAGAACCCGAGAGGCUGUAGGGCUGGAAGCGGCAAUGAUGCGAUCGCUGCAACAUCCGUCUGGACCCCGCAGCCAAGUGUAUGA